GAAAAGGGGGGGGGGGGGGUUGUUGGUUUCUUGGGUUUCGCUCAGGUCGCAAAUUCUGGUGGAACGGGAGAAACAAACAACCCUUAAAGUAAAGUAAAAAAACUACGGAUUAUUUCGUUUGCUUGAUUUUCCGCCAUGCGCCAAUGGAACGCACUUCGCCAAAAAGAAAACUGCAAAAUUAAUCAAGAAAAAAGGCGAUAUCUGUCCUUUGCUGUGUUUUAUUUUCUUUUUGUGUUUAAAAUUAAUUGACAAGUAAAGAAGAGAGGUAAUCCUCGUGAAGCUAUUUACGGCACCGCAUUAAUUUACGACCAAUUACGUUUGGCCGAUGUGUGAAGACAUGUGAAGGGGACUUGGGGACAAAGGUUCGCGUGGGUUCGCGCGUGGGCUCCCACUCCUUCAGCUUUCUGGCCAGGUUCCUCAACCUUGUUCCCGCCUGAGGCAAUAGAUUUCAGCAUUUACGCGUCUUAACUGUUAUUUUUUCACGCUAAAAUGGUCACUGAUCGCUUUCAGACACCAUUAUUGUCCGUACGCUUGGAGCGCUUUGCUUUAUUUCUCUGUUCUUUACCACUCCUUUCAUUUAUGUCUUGUGUGGCGAUCGCUCUUGUUUGGCACUUUGACGAAACUACGAAUACUCAUUGUAACGUUCCAAACUAUUUACCAUCAAUAAGUGCAGCAAUCGGGGGAGAAAUGCCAGAGAAGUUUAUCUGGAGAGUUGGAAUAGCUCUACACUGUUUACCACGAAUUCUACUUUUCCCGCCAGUGAUUCAUAAACAUUACAAGAAUACACAAUUAGGCAGGCAAUUGAACUUGACAACAUGGUGGUUUUGGCCUCUCAACUUUCUAAGCUGUAUUUCACAAGUAGUGGAAAAUGGAGCACUCAUGACUUUGACUUACAUUUCUUCAACAGAUAACUUUACUGUCCAUGAAGGUUCGUUCAUUGUCUUUAUGGUCUGUGCUAUGCUCUACAUGUUUCUCUCUUGUGCUUUAUUUUGGCUGACUUCAAACAAGCCAAUGAAUACUGAGGACUACAUAUUAUUCAGGAGAAAGCUCUUUAUAAUGGUCUUCAAUUAUUGCUCUUUUGGUCUAGCAGUAUAUUUUUUCUUCAGGCACAACUCGCACUGUGAACCAGGAGUGUAUACCUUGUUUGCUCUGGCUGAAUACUGCACAAUUGUGUCCAACAUUGCCUUUCACUGGCUUUGCUCCUGGCAUUUUAAUGGUUCUACCUUGUCGUUGGCCUUCAGUGAAGACACUCCGUCAAAGACCAGCUAAGACACUCCGUCAAAGACCAGGUUUCAUGGUGCAAGGGUAUUGUCAUUCUGUAAAAUCAGAGUGUUGAACCUCUGUGCAUUACCUGCCUGUUAUGAGGACGACUCUCGAGGGUUUGCUUGUUCAAAGACAUCAAGCUAUUAAGUGUAGGAGUAUGUGACGAGCCAUUAUAACAACGGUGGCGAAAGAAGCUAGCGACACAGACAACCGUGAAAAUCUGCUUUUUUUUUUGUUGCUUUGUAAACCUCCUUGCCGCAACAAGAGCACCAGGGGACAUAUCUACGUUCCGCAUGGAGCAAAGCUGUAUAAACAAACAAACAAACAAGCAAAACAAAUGCCCCUUUUUUGUUUUGAAUAAUAUAAAUUAUGGACACAUGUUUUGUAGUCUCAGGGUUUUCACGUUCCAUGGACAAGGGCUUAGUUCACACAAGCGACAUAACGACAUAAUCACUGGGUUCAAACCAUUUUAAUACUAUUUACUAUGAUCGCGUAGUCGUUUCGGUACAAGUCGAAGUCGAUCCGAUACUCAUCUUAAGUCGAUUCGAUACAAACUGAGGUCAAUUCCAAAACUUUAGGAUACCCGGCAGUAUGAAAUUAUUAUAGAAUUUCCACGUUUAGAAUUGCCAAGCCAUACGAUUUGCUCCAACGUGAGGCUGGUUUGACUUCCCUUCGAAUCGGGCUCGUGUCAGGGAAGAAGUUCAGCGUAUUCAGCUGGCGGAAAAAGUUCCGAGACCUCCAUGCAGACAAACAUGAUUUUUCUCCUUUUGAUUUUUCUCCUUUUGCUACGAAACGACUUCAGUUUGCCGGUAUCGAAUUGACUUUAUUUUGUAUCGAAUCAACUUUAGAAGUGUAUCGAAUCGACUUCCGUUUGUAUCGAAACGACUUGGUAUCGAAACGACCGUACUUUGUUGGUAAUGCUAACGCCGACAUAAAGACAUAAGGAAAAUUGAUGGAAAUGAAAACUUACGUUUCUCCGAUUUCAAAAUUGAUUAUUUCACCGUUGUUAUUAUUAUUAUUAUUCAUGUUAAUAAUAUCAAUCGAUAUCGGUUUUUAUUAUGACUUUUUGAGGUCAUCGAUUGACUUUAAACGUACUCGGUAAAAGAUAUCAAGAACACGUGAUCUCAUUAGCAAACAUGACUUUUCACUCGUGAUGUUGCGGUGCUCCUUGUGGUAUUGCUGAGUCAAAGCAGGGCAAGAUGG